AUGUCCCUCCUCAACCGCGGCGACGACAAGCAUCGCUUCAUCAAGACGCUCGUGGCUAUCUUGCGCGCUCGCUUGCUGCCGUUGGUACAUGGCACCGAGACCCGCGCUCACUCGAACCCCUGGCUCGUGGCUCUGUGGAAGAACCUCGGCGUGCCCCCUAUGUCGGUUGUUGCGCUCGUUGGAGUUGUGGCGCUGGCUUUUGUGAGGAGACUGAUGAAGAGGGAACCAUUGCUGUUGACGAACCUGGUGGGCGUGCUGUAUCCGGCAUAUCAGAGCUUGAAGGCGGUGGAGAGGCCCGAGCCGGAUGAUGACGAGCGGUGGUUGACCUACUGGUCGGUCUUUGGCGGUUUCACCCUCCUCGACACGCAAUCCCACAAAUUCGACAAGUACACCCGCUACUACUACCUCGCCAAAAUGCUUGCGCUACACUGGUUGUACGCCCGCAGUGGCUCCCUCGCGGUCUAUCGCCAGGUCAUCAGGCCUUUCUUGGUCAAGUAUGGAGGAUACGGUGUCGUUCACGCUGCCGACCCGACGUCCAUAAAUGGUACGGCGGGUUUGGUUGUGGAGAACCCGGGACCGUUCAGGAAGGAUUUGUGA